UCAAAGUAUAUUUUACAGAUAUUAUCUUCUACUCAUGUGGCGAACAGUCUCUUUUGUUGAGCGAGUUGAAGUAGAGUUUUCUGGUAAUGUCCCCAAUCAAGCAAUAAUCCUUGGUGACAUUGACAAUGACAAGGGUAACGAACUAGCCGUUGGCAAUAUUGAUGGAGAGUUAGCCAUCUUCAAAGGCAGGGGACAUGCACCUUGGAGACUUUGUUCAAACUUAGGCAUGAUAACAUGUGUUGGUGUUGGUGACAUAUUUAGCAGAGGAAAGAACAACUUGUAUUGCUUGACUGCAGAGGGCUGGUUCUAUGUGUUUGAUGUUAAAAUUGAUUUUCAAGCUGCAGAAGGUGCUGAGAGUCAUGAUGAGGAUGCAGGUGAUAAUUUGAAACCUUUAUUUAAACAACAUCUGCCUCCCAACGGUAAAGUAAUGCAAGCAGCAGAUGUUGAUGGAGAUGGUAAACUAGAGCUUGCUAUGGGAUACUCUGAUCGUGUCAUCCGUCUCUACAAAUGGAGUGGACCGCCAACAUUUGACAAUGAAACAGAGUCUAAAGGAUCAAUGGUACAGAUAGAUAAAUGGCAGCUUGCAGGACAGAUUGGUUCUAUCACCUUGAACAAAGACAAGGAUGGUAAAUCGGAGCUUCUAGCAUCACAGCCCGGAGGAACUUAUGUCCGCUUACUACAUGAUCCCUUAUCACAUGAUAUUCAGGAUGGGAUCAGUGAAACUGUGCCAAACAAUCUAGUGUAUGAUCCUCUAGUUUCCACAGAGAUAAGAAACAGCAGUAUUUCUACAGAGAUUGUUGGCAAUAUCAGGAAGGGACCAGGCCCUAUGAAGGAGAAUGAGACAGAAGUUCUCUAUGCUUUAUGUACACUUGACGGUACACUUGUUCUAGUAGAGAGUGGACGAAGGAUAUUAUGGUCCCUACAGGUGGAUCAUCAGCUCUUCUCACUGAAUAAACUAGAUGUCACUGGCAAUGGUAAGGAAGAGGUGGUAUGUUGUUCCUGGGAUGGACAGACAUACAUCGUCAACCAUGGUAGAGAGGCUGUUAGAUACCAGUUUGAAGAUAAUGUUGCAGCUUUCACUGCAGGAUAUUAUGCUGUGAAUACAACAGACAAUGUACCAUGCUUUGUGUACGCAACAUUUAACAACCGUAUCUACAUUUAUUACAACAUACGUUUACCACGAGUGGAGUCGACAAACUCCAUUGAAGUAAUGGACAAACGUGAAGAAACACAUGAGUUACUGUCGAAGCUCAAUAUUCAGUCACCAAGCAACAGACAGCUACAGGAGCUCUAUCAUUGGUGUUUGUAUGGUUGGAAAAACAAAUCCUGAAGGUUCCUUGGCUUAAUAUCUAUAUGGAUUAAAGACUUGUUGAAACAGGUACCAGCAUUACCAACAGUGAAGAAAAGAAAAACCAGAAAAUGUUUCAUCUUUGAGCCUGUGAUAAUAGUAAGAAAAAAAUGUGCAUGUAUAUAAUAUCCCAUGUGUUCUGGAAAUAUUUCAGAUGGAUAAUAUGACCAGGAUCCUUUUUCACUUGUGAGGGGUUUGAAUAUUUAUUAUGUGUUUAUUUUCUUGAAAACUUGCUUACAAGGUCAUCUUUAAAAACAAUUGUUUGCAUGAGUACCCAUUUAGUAUAAUUUAGUAUAAUCAUUUUUUACCUCUGAAAAUAACUGUUCAAAGGUCAAAUAUCAUAUUCCUUUCUUUCAGUCAAAUAGAAUUUAGUGCAUAGCUGUAAAUCUUUAAACUUCUGAAAAAAGUUAUGUUUAAUGGAAUAACUUUACUGGUUGGGACCUAUUUUCUGGACAGGACCAGUUUCCGGACACAUGUAAUAUCCGCUUUAUUUCUUUGUUAUUCAUGUAAUUGUUUCAUCUAGAUAAUUUAGUUUGUUCCUCAUGUCUACAACAAACCACUAUUUUAUAAGGCUGUAUAAUGUUUGGGUUUUUGAUGAUAACUCACCUGCGUUUACAAAACAACUUUCCGUCUUAACGGGGCAUGAAGAUAGCAUUGCGCAUGCGCAGUAGUUCACACAUGCCGAGGUAUCAAGUGGGGAAGAAAUAAUCAAACUACAUAAUGAUUGUCUGCUGAUAACAUGUUCUACUUUUAAUUUCACGCUAAAAGUUACGUAAGAUGCAGGGCUGUCGAUUUUUGCAUUGAUUUUAUUCUAUAUCUAUUGGAAUUCGUAUAAGACAAAAUUCGAUUUUUUAUAGUCAACCUCGGUUUGCUUUCGUAGCUGCUAUUGAAUGUCGGGUUAUGUUUCAUGUGCAAUUUUGAAGAGAUGAAUGAUAAAGAAAUGUGUAGAAAUGUGUAGAAAUAGUUUAAUUACUUAUUUUGAUAUCAAAUUAACAAAAAAACACCGUCAAAAUAUUUGUCCGGAUACUGGUUUACCUGACGGGAAAAAUAACUUAUUUUAGAGACCCCAUUUGAGGCCCCAUGGAACCCAUAUUUUACGUCAUAACGCGAUGCUGAUUACUACAUCGGAUGUGGAAGGAGCUGUAGUUUGUGUAGUGUGGGCUUCAUUUAUGUCAAAUAUUUUUUUAGGGAAUAAUGGAGCCGAACUAUGAAAAUGUGUCCGGAAAUUGGUUCCCAACCAGUAUAAUUUCCAGGCGUCAUGCAAUUUCAGUUCACUCUAUCUGUAUUUUAGCAAGUUCUUUAUUGACCAAAAUAAGUUUUUCAUGCUUUAUUAUCAUUACUAGCCUGAAAUUCUGGGUUGGCGCACAGCAAACAAAAGUUAUUAAUGAUGACCUAUAAUGAAAAUAGUUCAUUAUAUUUUUUGUCACAAAAUGUAUUUCCUAAGGUUAUUCAUUGUAAGCACUUUUAAUGCGCCUUCAUUUAUUUGAAGCACUUCAUAUCCACAGGCAGAAUAUGCCGACAUGUUUUUGUAGACUGUGUCUACAUUUUUUUUUUUUUUUUCCUUGCUUGUGGUAAAACAAGUCAAAACUUGAAAUUGAAUAUACUUAAGAAUCUAAAUUCUCAUAGGCUAUCUCACCUGUCAAAUUUACAAGUUUUUUUUGUUCUUUACUGGUAUUGAAAUCCUUUUAAACUUGUUUAUUGAAGUUGUCAGCCUGCUAAAUAUUAUCCUAAAGUUCUCUGUUAUGAUCUUUCAUAAUCCAUGAAGUAACAUAUCUACUUGAUAUUAACAGAAACUUCACUUGUACUUAACUUGUAUGUAAUAUUCUAUGUUAAUCCCCUUUUAUACAUUGGAUAGAUACUCAAGUUGGAAAGCGUAUUUGCUGUAGUGCCAUCUGGUGUCUUGUUUGCUAGUUGCUACUGUUUGACUGUCUCACCAUUGAUAUGGUCUUCCCCAGAAUCAGAUCAGCUUCUUUGACCUCUGUUCAGACCAGUUUCUAUCAGUUAUGAUUUUUACUUUUUGUGACACAACUUACACAUUUUUGAAACAACAUGAAACUCUGGAUUUGCCAAUAGUUAAUGGCUUUUCAAACUUUCAGAUCAUAUUUGUACACAGGAUUACUGUCAGCAAGUUUAUAUAUAUUCUUUAAGGAGGACUUUAUGGCAUCAGCUUGGCUCAUUUUCUAUCAGGGGCCUCACUGUACUCUUGGGGGAAGGGGUCACAGUCCCAACACAGGGGAAUUCAAGCAAGAUGGGUGAAAUCUUCAUUAUUAGUAUUUACAGUAAAAAAUAGGGUAGGGGUUUGUAGUGUAUAUGUUGGGGGUCCAGGCCACAGGAAUAGCACCUGUUUGCCAGUGAGUAUUGACAAAUAUUGAAUUACAAAAAAUAUAUUUCAACAUAAGUGUACCAGGAAUACAUCUUUAACUCAGUAGUCUGAAUAUCAGAACAUCCCUCUGCAAGAGAAGUGCUUGCACUGGCUGCAGAAACUGUCACAAGAACUUCUAGGUACAUUGUCAGGAAUUGCAAGACAAGAAUCAGCACAGUUAUUGUCAUCAGAAUUGCUAGGUACGUUGUUAGGAUUUCCCAAAACUUGUUAUCGAAACAAUAUGUCUAUCUUGCAGCAGGAUGGUUAUCUAUUUGCUUCCUGUAUGAAUUGAAUGGUGCAAUAUUUUGGUUAAGUCAGACUGAUGAAUACAAAUAUCUAGAUGCAUGCAUUGGUAAACAAACAGACUGAUAUAGGAUUAUAUUUGCUUGUCAGAAAAAAGAUAUUUUUCAGUUUUUUGUUUUGUUUUGUUUUUUAUUUUGAGUGGGAAAAUCGACAUCCAUUGGGAGAACAAUACUGGACAGGGACCUAAUUUGGCAUCCCUGUCCAUUAAUAAAUUUCCACCCAUUGAUGGAUUAAGUUUUUAACUUUUUGCUUUCUGAUAUCAACAAGAGAUUUUAUCCCUUUUAUAUACCCCAAAUGGACAUAAUUUGUGAUGGCACAGGUUGUCUGUACAUCUAGAUGUAUGUAUGUCUCUCAGCAAUUUGCUUCUGCACAGUAAAUAUGAAUGCUUUUACUUAAGGUCUUCAAACUUGAUAUGCACUUUGCUCAUAGGCUGUGCAUAAUGCCAAUUUAUUUUGAAGUCAGUGGGUCAGAGUUGCAGUGACAAUAAGUCCAAACUGAGAUUGCCAUUACUUUCUGUACUAGGUAAGAGUGUUUAUAUUUUAAACAAAAUUAAUUUCAUAUAAAUGUAAUAGUAUUCUGUAGAGAGAAAUAUAAAAAAAAACACAAUAAAUAUUGUAUUUUCCAGAUUGAAUACUAUACAAUUAUUGAUUCUUGAGCCAUCGGAUAUGAUGUGAUAUUCACUGGAAGAGGGCAAUAUUGACAAAUACAUUGUAUUGAUAUAUAUUGGUUCAGGUUUAUGAAUAAGUAACAAAUAUUUGUUGCAACAUAUUUAAUGUUUGAAAGUAACAAUAACUGUGUGAAAACUUAUUUAAGUUUAAAUGAAGACA